AUGGCCAGUGAUGCAAAGGAAGCCAAACAUGCUCCGAUUGUGAUGGUGGGGAAGACUGGAGUUGGGAAGAGCGCCACAGGAAACACCAUUCUCGGCAAAGAGUACUUUAAAUCAGAGUUCUCUGCUAAAUCUCUGACUACGGUCUGUAAAAAGGCUGUUGGUGAAGUGGAGGGACAAAGAUUUGCUGUUGUUGACACUCCAGGUCUGUUUGACACCAUGACUGACGAAGAGACGACCAGGAAAGAUGUUGGUAAGAGCAUUUCUUAUUCUGCUCCUGGACCCCAUAUCUUCCUGAUCAUGAUCAAACUGGGCAAAUUCACAGAGGAAGAAAAGGAGACAGUGAAGAAGAUUCAGGAAGUCUUUGGAGAGGAAGCAGACAGAUACAGCAUGGUUCUCUUUACCUACGAUGAUCUGCUCAAAGGGAAAUCUAUUGAAGAGUUCUUGGAGGAAAGCAAAGAUCUGCAGGAACUUGUGGACAGAUGUUACGGCCAGUACCACGUCUUCAAUAAUGACCUGAAGGAUCGUUCUCAGCUGAGCUUCAGGCUGUGGCGUCAGCAGUGUGUAGGUGUGGUUUGCUGCAGGAAGUCUGUAUUUAAGGAGGUGCUGCUGCAGACUGACUUCACUUCUUCAGCUCAGCAGCAGACCAGCUCCUCUCUCCAUAGCCAACCAUGGCCUGCAAAAGUGCCCGAGAUGGAAACAAUGUCCAUUCCUGAAUCAAACACAUACAAUAAUAAGGAAAUCCGGAUUGUGAUGGUGGGGAAGAGAGCUGGGAAGAGCGCCACAGGAAACACCAUUCUGGGAAAAAAGUCCUUUAAAUCAGAGUUCGCUUUUAAAUCUCUGACUAAAGAAUGUGAGAAGGCCUUUGGUGAUGAGGGACAAAGAUUUGCUGUUAUUGACACUCCAGGUCUGUUUGACACCAAGAUUGAUGAAGAGAAGACCAGGAAGAACAUUGCUCAGAGCAUUUCUUAUGCUUCUCCUGGACCCCAUAUCUUCCUGGUUGUCAUCAAAGUGGGCAGAUUCACAGAGGAGGAAAAGCAGACAGUGAAGAAGAUUCAGGAAAUCUUUGGAGAGGAAGCAGACAGAUACAGCAUGGUUCUCUUUACCCACGGUGUGCUCGAAGGGAAAUCUAUUGAAGAGUUGUUGAAGGAAAGCAAAGAGCUGCAGGAACUUGUGGACAGAUGUAACGGCCAGUACCACGUCUUCAAUAAUAAGGAGAAGGAUCGUUCUCAGGUCAGAGAGCUGCUCAACAAGAUCAGACAUAUAACAGAGAAGAACGGAGGAAGCCAUUACACCACAGAAAUGUUCCAGGAGGCCGAGAGGGCCAUAGAGGAGGAAAAACAGAGAAUCCUAAAAGAGAGAGCAGAAGAGAGACGCAAAAUGGAAGAGAAACAAGAAAAGAGAAUAACUAAAAAAUAUGAAGAAGAAUUACAAAAAAUCAAAGAGGAGAGGGAGAGGUUGGAAAGGCUAAAUGAAGAACACCAAAGAAUAAUGGAGGUGGAGAAGAGAAUGAGAGAAUCUCUCAAAAUAGAAAGAGAGGAGAAGAAGAGGAGAUUAAGAAAAGAGGAGGAAAAGCUAAGAGAAACUCUCAAAAGAGAAAUGGAGGAGGAGAGGAGGAGAAUGAGAGCAGAGGAGGAAAGGCAUAGAGAAGCUCGUGAAAGAGAAAUGGAAGAUAGGAGGAGAAUGAGAGAAGAGGAGGAAAGGCUGAGGGAAACUCUCAAAAUAGAAAUGGAGGAGGAGAGGAGGAGAAUGAGACAAGGGGAGGAAAGGAAGGCAAGGAAGGAAGCUGAGGACAGUUCUUUAAUAAUUGGCCAUGUUAUUAAAGCCUGCUUGUCUGCAGUGAAACUGUGGUUUUCUUGAUAGAGUCUGACCCUCUGGAAACCUCCUCGUUAAUCUUCACAGUCCCCCUUUUUGAUGUUAUGGUCUGGUGUGGUUUACAGUAAUAUCAGGUAUUUCAGAGGUGAGUUUCCAUUAGCAGGGUCACAGAUGGUCAGGAGACGUUACAGUUCUGAACUAAAGUCAUGUGCACUGAUUCCUUCUUUGAUUCCUUUUGCUUUUACAAGAAAAAGAGAAAGAUAUAUAUCAUGAAUUAAUGCUUUUAGGGUGUCGUACGGAUACGUUUCCUUUGGCUUUCCACAAUCACUGAAGGCGUAAUGUCAACGCUGGAUUUUGUAAAAUGAAAGUUUAAAUGUGUGUUUAAUGAAUUUUGUAUAUCAAAAUGAAAAGGUUGGAAAACAUUAAUAUGUAAAGAUAAACAUCUAGUGAUCAAUAAUGCCCCGUAAUAACAGACUGCUGAGUUCACAUUGAGUGUGUAGUGUGCUUUUGUUGAUUAAUAAAGGAUCUGAAAGAGA